UUCCACAAGUCAAGCGCAAGCGCAACAAAGCCAGACAAAUCACCAGCUUCAGUUCACAACCAAAUCCGUCAUCAACGCCUUCUUCUCCAUUUCUCCUCCAUUCUCCUCCUCCUCCUCCUUCUUCUUCAUCCCUCCCCGUUUGUGCAUCUCGUCACGCAAUCAUGGAGUCCGACCCCGAUGAUGGGAAAAUGCCACCAUGGCACACGGAAAGGAAAAAGAGCUACGACCUCAACAGCAAGAUCAUGCUCACCGCGAUCAUCUCCCUCUCGGUUGUCGUCGUCCUCGUCAUCCUCCUCCACCUGUACGCGCGGUAUGUCCUGCGCCGCCAGGCCCGCCGCCGGGCCGCCAUCCGCGACCUCGGCCUCACCGUGGCCCACGUGCACUCCCAGGAGGACCAGCCCAAGUCCGGGCUCGACCCGCUGGUCAUCGCUUCCCUGCCCGCGUUCGUCUUCCGACGGGUUGGAGCGCAGGACGAGGCCGCGAGCGUGACGCUGGAGGAAUGCACAGUCUGUUUGAGCGCGUUGGAGGAUGGGGAGAUGGCCAGGGAAUUGCCCAACUGCAAGCACACGUUCCAUGUCGAGUGCAUCGAUAGGUGGCUGAGCUCGCACCCGACGUGCCCGAUUUGCCGCACCGAGGCUGAGCCGCAAGUCCAGCAGGAACUGCAGCUACCUGUCGGGGCUGCACCCACUGCCCCACCCCUGGAACGCACGAGCUCCAUAUCAUCGUGCAUCGAGGGCACAUCCGACGGGGCAGUUAGGCCGUCGGCUAAGGUCAGUGGAUCGAGUUCACGGUUCGGUUCAUUCCGACGGAUGCUCAGCCGGGAAAGAUCGUCAAGGAGGAUGCCGUCAUGCGGGGCAGAAGACGGUAUAGGAGAUAUAGAGAGUCUGUGCUGAAGAUCAUUCGAUGGGUACUGGUUCAUCUGCCAAAAAUCAACGGAGUUUUUUCAAAAUUUUCCACUGUUGCUGCUCAUACUACAGUUAAAUUAAACGUUAUUUACAUGUUAAAUUUUGUAUAAACAUUUUCUUCCUAAAACCAAACGGAUUUUGAA